CCUUGUCUUGAAAGUUUGAAGAUAUUUGGUUUCUGGAAUAACACAGAUUGACAUUAAUUGCAAAUAUCUUCUUAUAAAUUAUUUCAGUGCAUUUUUAUAGAUCUAAAACAUGCAGAUUUUCGUUAAGACCCUCACAGGGAAAACUAUCACCUUGGAGGUAGAAGCUUCUGAUACAAUAGAGAAUGUGAAGGCAAAGAUCCAAGAUAAAGAAGGAAUUCUCCCUGAUCAGCAACGAUUGAUCUUUGCUGGGAAACAGCUAGAAGAUGGAAGAACCCUUUCAGAUUAUAACAUUCAGAAGGAGUCAACACUCCAUUUGGUAUUGAGACUCAGAGGAGGAAUGCAAAUCUUUGUCAAGACACUGUCAGGAAAGACCAUCACCUUAGAGGUAGAAGCUUCUGAUACAAUAGAGAAUGUAAAAGCUAAAAUCCAAGACAAAGAUGGAAUCUCUGCAGACCAGCAGCGUUUGAUCUUUGCUGGCAAACAAUUAGAAGAUGGGAGAACCCUUUCAGAUUAUAACAUUCAGAAAGAGUCAACAAUACAUUUAGUAUUGAGACUCAGAGGAGGAAUGCAAAUCUUUGUCAAGACACUGUCAGGAAAAACCAUCACCUUGGAGGUAGAAGCUUUUGAUACAAUAAAGAAUGUAAAAGCUAAAAUCCAAGACAAAGAUGGAAUUUCUGCAGACGAGCAGCGUUUGAUCUUUGCUGGCAAACAAUUAGAAGAUGGGAGAACUCUUUCAGAUUAUAACAUUCAGAAGGAGUCAACGAUACAUGUGGUAUUGAGACUCAGGGGAGGAAUGCAAAUCUUUGUCAAGACACUGUCAGGAAAGACCAUCACCUUGGAGGUAGAAGCUUCUGAUACAAUAGAGAAUGUAAAAGCUAAAAUCCAAGACAAAGAGGGAAUCUCUGCAGACCAGCAGCGUUUGAUCUUUGCUGGCAAACAAUUAGAAGAUGGGAGAACUCUUUCAGAUUCUAACAUUCAGAAGGAGUCAACAAUACAUUUAGUAUUGAGACUCAGAGGAGGAAUGCAAAUCUUUGUCAAAACACUGUCAGGAAAAACCAUCACCUUGGAGGUAGAAGCUUCUGAUACAAUAGAGAAUGUAAAAGCUAAAAUCCAAGACAAAGAUGGAAUCUCUGUAGACCAGCAGCGUUUGAUCUUUGCUGGCAAACAAUUGGAAGAUGGGAGAACUCUUUCGGAUUAUAACAUUCAGAAGGAGUCAACAAUACAUUUGGUAUUGAGACUCAGAGGUGGAAUGCAAAUCUUUGUAAAGACACUGACUGGAAAAACCAUCAUUUUGGAGGUAGAUGCUUCUGAUACUAUAGAGAAUUUAAAAGCUAAAAUCCAGGACAAAGAAGAAAUCCCACCUGACCUGCAGCGUUUGAUCUUUGCUGGAAAACAGUUAGAAGAUGGUAGAACUCUUUCAGACUAUAACAUUCAAAAGGAGUCAACACUCCAUUUAGUGUUAAGACUUCGUGGAGGUAUGCAGAUCUUCGUUAAGACCCUCACAGGAAAAACCAUCACCUUGGAGGUAGAAGCUUCUGACACAAUAGAGAAUGUGAAGGCAAAGAUCCAAGAUAAGGAAGGAAUUCCCCCUGAUCAGCAACGUUUGAUCUUUGCUGGGAAACAGCUGGAAGAUGGAAGAACCCUUUCAGAUUAUAACAUCCAGAAGGAGUCAACUCUCCACUUGGUACUAAGGCUCAGAGGAGGAAUGCAAAUCUUUGUAAAGACACUUACAGGAAAAACCAUCACUUUGGAGGUAGAAGCUUCUGACACAAUAGAGAAUGUGAAGGCAAAGAUCCAAGAUAAGGAAGGAAUUCCCCCUGAUCAGCAACGUUUGAUCUUUGCUGGGAAACAGCUGGAAGAUGGAAGAACCCUUUCAGAUUAUAACAUCCAGAAGGAGUCAACUCUCCACUUGGUACUAAGACUCAGAGGAGGAAUGCAAAUCUUUGUCAAGACACUCACAGGAAAAACCAUUACCUUGGAGGUAGAAGCUUCUGAUACAAUAGAAAAUGUAAAAGCGAAAAUCCAAGACAAAGAAGGAAUUCCUCCAGACCAGCAGCGUUUGAUCUUUGCUGGCAAACAAUUAGAAGAUGGGAGAACCCUUUCAGAUUAUAACAUCCAGAAGGAGUCAACACUACAUUUGGUAUUGAGACUCAGAGGGGGAAUGCAAAUCUUUGUCAAGACACUGACAGGAAAAACCAUUACCUUGGAAGUAGAAGCUUCUGAUACAAUAGAGAAUGUGAAGGCAAAAAUCCAAGAUAAGGAAGGAAUUCCCCCUGAUCAGCAACGUUUGAUCUUUGCUGGGAAACAGCUGGAAGAUGGGAGAACUUUGUCAGAUUAUAACAUCCAGAAGGAGUCAACUCUCCACUUGGUACUAAGGCUCAGAGGAGGAAUGCAAAUCUUUGUAAAGACCCUCACAGGGAAAACCAUCACCUUGGAGGUAGAAGCUUCUGAUACAAUAGAGAAUGUGAAGGCAAAGAUCCAAGACAAAGAAGGAAUCCCUCCAGACCAGCAGCGCUUGAUCUUUGCUGGCAAACAGUUAGAAGAUGGAAGAACUCUUUCAGAUUAUAACAUUCAGAAGGAGUCAACACUACAUUUGGUAUUGAGACUCAGGGGGGGAAUGCAAAUCUUUGUCAAAACACUGACAGGAAAGACCAUUACCUUGGAAGUAGAAGCUUCUGACACAAUAGAGAAUGUGAAGGCAAAGAUCCAAGAUAAGGAAGGAAUUCCCCCUGAUCAGCAACGUUUGAUCUUUGCUGGGAAACAGCUGGAAGAUGGAAGAACUUUAUCAGAUUAUAACAUCCAGAAGGAGUCAACUCUUCACUUGGUACUAAGACUCAGGGGAGGAAUGCAAAUCUUUGUUAAGACACUGACAGGAAAAACCAUCACCUUGGAAGUAGAAGCUUCUGACUCAAUAGAGAAUGUGAAAGCUAAGAUACAAGAUAAGGAAGGAAUUCCCCCUGAUCAGCAACGUUUGAUCUUUGCUGGCAAACAGCUAGAAGAUGGGAGGACUCUUUCAGAUUAUAACAUUCAGAAGGAAUCAACUCUCCAUUUGGUAUUAAGACUCAGGGGAGGAAUCCAAAUUUUCAAGACUGGGAAAUCCGUCACCUUGGAAAUGGAAACUUUCGGCACUAUGCAGAGUGCGUUGGCAAAGAAGGGAGGCUGUAGCAGAGAAUAUGUGGCAGUUUACGAAUUAUAAAAGUGUGGACAAUUACUGUCAUGCCU